GGUAGCGGUAGUCAAAGAUGAUUGUGCAGAUGUAACUGUAUUAGGUGUUUAUGUCCUGUGAUAGGAGAGUUUAAGAUGUCUGUGUUUAUGGAGGAACUAAUGGUAAUUGCAUCUCUGAAUUGUAUGUAUGUAAAGGCACUCUUGAGAAAGUCAUGAGAGAAAGCUGGCUUAACGUGUUGCAUUUUUGCUCCAGCCAAUUCUCACCUCUAGUAGGCCUUGAUGGUAGAGAAUACAGACAUUUUCAAAGUGUGAAUAACAUGACAUUCUUAUUAGCACGCUUUUUAUGUGGCAGUUGCAUGCAACAAAUGUUAAUAUGUUUCAGGGGGCUUUCAACUGGAAAGAGCCUUAUUCUUAAUUCUUUCUUAAUCUUCUGCCUCAUAGUGUUUCUCAGUGCAGUCCUGGGUGGGUAAAUGAGUUACAUAACUGGUGUAAUUAAUUGUCUAAAGGAUUAAUUAGCUGGUUUAGUUGUCAGAUGAGUAUUAUUGUACUUAGAAUUUUUAUAAAAAUAUGAUGAGGUAUUCCUCUGCUCCAUCAAACAGUCCAUAGCAUGCUGUCCCGUCAAGUUAUUCUGUGACACAUUAACAGACACAAAUGUAACCAUGGCAAUAGAUACUAAAGAAGGGCUAUCUACAUUUUUUUUAAAACAUUUUUUUAAACAUUUACAUAUUUUGGGAUGCUCUCGAGGUAUAGACACGUGGAAGGAGAUUGUGUCAACCUGCCUCAGCCUCUUAGCUUCCUGUCUUGUUGGCCAGGGUCUUUCUGACGUUGGGAUUUAUUCCGCCCGGUCAAGGCAACAGCUGCUGCUGUAUCUAGGCCAUAGGGAAACAUCACAGCAAUGUGUUCCGAUAUAGUUGGGGAAGAACACACACCGGCCCUACUUGUACCAUUGUCUGAUUUAGUGUCUACAGAGCAGUUAAUAGGUCACAUGUUUUUUUGCAGAGGAUGAACUGUAGCACACAUGCAGAUUCUGAAGUUGUUCUUCUUUAAAAAUACCAUUGGACUGUCAACAUUGAGUUAUUGAUAUGCUACUCAGGGUCUGACGCUUUCAGGGAAAAUGUAUUAAACUUUAGACCUUGACAAGUUUUGUUGUGCAUUAAUGGGUUAUAUCAAACUGAUAAUAUGCCUGGUUCAUUCAUCCAUUCAUUCAACCAUCCAUUCAUUCAUUCAUUUAAAAAAAAUACAAAAUCUGUCUUCUUUCUUUCUUUCACAGGGCAUAUCAAAAAGAGGAAACAUGUCUGAAGGACCGAAAAAGUCAAAGUAUUCAGCAACUCGCAGAUUGCUGCUGAAAACCAAACUGCUGAAGAAGGGCGGCUGUAUGCUCCUGGCUGAGAUAGAUGACAAGAUCAAAGAGAGAGACAGCACUCUUAAUGAGAGAGUGCCCCCACUCAAGCUCUCUGGCAUGUCUGUACAGGAGCUUCAGGAACUUUGCAAAGAUCUCCAUCGCAAGUCUGAUGUUGUAGAUGAUGCACGGUAUGACUUAGAAGUUAAGGUGGCCAAAAAUGAAAAGGAGAUCGAGACCCUGACGGGCAAAAUAAAUGAGAUGAAGGGUACCAAGAACCGGACCAAGCUGAAGAGGGUGAAGAAAACCACAGAUUUGGGGUCCAUGGAGUCCAAACUCAUGAAGGCAGACUUCAAGGCCAACCUGAAGACAGUCAAGAAGGAGGAGGAGAAGAAAGAGGAGGUGACUGACUGGCGUAAGAAUGUGGAGGCCAUGUCAGGCAUGGAGGGCAGGAAGAAGCUGUUUAACGCACAAUAAAAAAAAGGUACUGUUUGUGGAAGAGUGAGACUCGCAAUAUUCUUGUAAGGCAUCAGGAAAAAGUUACUCUUCCCAUGGUACUCUUCCCAUUUCGUUAAAGUACAAAACUGUUUUAGAGCAAGUAGUGGUAGAGGAAGCCAAAAAUGCCACAAGACGCCAAAAGGAGAAAUGCAAAGCCGGAUAAUUUCAUGGGAACUGUCUGAUGUUUUGUUGUUUCUCACAAUUUUUUUGUACAAAUCUGCUAGAACGAAAACACAGUGAAGUAAACAUGACUCUAUACUAUGACACUGAGAAGUUUGAUUGUGCUUUCAAUAUUUUGUAUGCCUUUAAUGUGCAGAGACAAAUGUUUCCUUUGGCUGGACUGAAACAUAUUUAACAAGACAAUUGCAUUUUAUGGAAUAUAAAACCUGUAGAUUAUAGAAAAUGCUGACCUCUGAGAGGACCUCUUAGAGAACAGCAGGACUAAGAUGAUGUGCUGCUGUGUUAUUGACAGAGAGGUGUCACUAAAUUGUAACUGUCACCAAAUGAGUAAUUACUCUGUAAAUGGCAUUCCACAAUUAAAUGUGCUGCAAUAAUUCA